AUGGAAGUCGCCCACAUCGCCGCUCAACUUGCGCUGCAUACGCUCGACAAGCCAGAACACGAUCCGUGUCUCCAGAUGGCAAAGUCACCGGCAAUUCUACGUUGUUGGACUCGAGAACAAGUCAGACAAAUACGUGAAGACAGUCCUGAGACUGUGAGAAUCCGUGUACCGCAUUGCGACGUACUUGGGUUGGCUCCUAUCGACAUUAACAAAGCCUUGCUCAGCCGAUUCUCGCCGUACUACAAGGCAGCAUUUCACAGAGGGUUUUCCGAAAGCGCGCAAAAGAUCUUCGACAUGAACAUCUCCGCCGUGGACAUGCACUUUUUCAAGACAUGGUUGCGUGAUGGCCGUUUGACAUCUCGAUGGGAUAAACUGACACUGGAACAAACCAUCCGGCUCUACAUCUUUGCCGACUACUACGACUUUCCAGCUCUCCGUCGUACAAUCAUGACGAAACUCGUCCUCGACAAAUACGGAGACAGACUCAACACCAGAUUUCUGACUCACAAGGUCCAAGACUAUCUCUCUGAACUUCCUCCAGCUUCGCCACUCUACCAAUGGCUGGCCAUGGUGUGGGCGUGUCAUAAUAAGGGUUAUUCCUACUCCUCGCAAGCCUACCGUUUGGAGAACCAGACGCCUGAAGAGUUUCGCAAUUUACUCCACAGCAUCAGAAGCGAUGGACCCCUGCCAAGGGUAUGCAAGUGUUGCUACCAUCCCUGCGACUAUCAUGAACAUGAGAGUGAGCAAGAGUGGGAAAUGACUUGCCACGUGCAUGAGCACGUCACAGCAAAGCCGGACCCCUCUACCUAUCGCAAGUCGUUCGAGAUCCCUUGA